GUGUGUGUUGUGUGUCUGCUGCAGACGCUGCUCUCGCGGUGUGUGUGUGUGUGUGAGGGUCGCGAGCGUAUUCCGGGAGCUUGGUUGCCGUGCCGAUCAGGCUGGACAGCACACAUCCUCACGCACAUGGACCGUGAGGGCGGGGCGCUGGCCCAAUGGGAGGGAGAGGGAGAGGGAGAGGCCCUCCGGACGCGCGGCGGGCUGCAGAUGGUGGCGGCGGGUGCGGGUGCUGACGAGAGUGGAAGGCGCUGCCGUGGCGACCAGCGCUGCCGUGGCGACCAGCUACAGAGAGACGCCACACAUCUGGAGGAGCAGCUGCAGCAAUGGAGGGAGGAGCUUAGCCACGCCGAGAGGAGGAACAGCAGAGCACAGGCCGUGGAGGGAUGGACUGUUGCCAAGAACCUUCUAGAGCUGCUUCAUGAGUCUGAUUCCAUGGCUGAGGAGCUGAAGGAGCAGCGGGACGCUCUGAGUCUCUGCACUGGACGGGACACGCAGCCCCAACUGGAGCGGGUCAGCGCCAUCAUCAAACAGCACAACAGUCUGCGUGUGCGUGCGUCCAGAGAGUGUCAGAGCAAGCAGAAGCUUCUGGAACAGCGCUUCCUCUCGUCCCUGAGGGACCUGCAGCAGUGGCUGGUGAACGCCAGGAUCAGCACCGCCAAGUGCUUCGACGCUCCGCAGAGGCUCCAGGAGGCCUCCAGUACAGUCUACGGAGGAUACAGGUGA